GCGGGCGGCGGCGCUCGGCGGCGCCGUGCGCGGCGCGGCCCCAGUCCGCGCUGCAGCCGCCGCGGGGGCGCCACUACCAUGAGCGGCCGCGGCCGCCCCUGCGCGACUCACGGGCACCGGGCGCAGCAGCCGCCGCCGGCCCCCCCCCGCCGCUGCUGCCGCCGCCGCUGCAGCCGCUGCCGCGCACCCCCGGCCCCCGAGCCCGGCGCUGCAGGAUGCCGGGGGGCAAGAGAGGGCUGGUGGCACCGCAGAACACCUUCCUGGAGAACAUCGUCCGGCGCUCCAGCGAAUCCAGUUUUUUGUUGGGAAAUGCCCAGAUUGUGGACUGGCCUGUAGUUUAUAGUAAUGACGGUUUUUGUAAACUCUCUGGAUAUCAUCGCGCUGACGUCAUGCAGAAAAGUAGCACUUGCAGUUUUAUGUACGGUGAACUGACAGACAAGAAGACCAUUGAAAAAGUCAGACAGACUUUCGACAACUAUGAAUCAAACUGCUUUGAAAUUCUCCUCUACAAGAAAAACAGAACCCCAGUUUGGUUCUACAUGCAAAUUGCUCCUAUAAGAAAUGAGCAUGAAAAAGUGGUUUUGUUCCUGUGCACUUUUAAGGAUAUCACUUUGUUCAAGCAACCAAUUGAAGAUGAUUCAACAAAAGGUUGGACGAAGUUUGCGCGGCUGACGCGGGCCCUGACGAACAGCCGGAGCGUCCUGCAGCAGCUGACGCCAAUGAACAAAGCCGAGGUGGUGCACAAGCACUCCCGCCUGGCCGAGGUUCUCCAGCUGGGAUCUGAUAUUCUUCCUCAGUACAAGCAAGAAGCUCCAAAGACUCCACCACACAUUAUACUACAUUAUUGUGCUUUUAAGACCACUUGGGACUGGGUCAUCUUAAUUCUAACCUUCUACACAGCAAUUAUGGUUCCAUAUAAUGUCUCCUUCAAGACAAAACAGAACAACAUUGCCUGGCUCGUGCUGGACAGUGUCGUGGACGUAAUUUUUCUUGUUGACAUUGUUUUGAACUUUCAUACAACCUUUGUUGGUCCUGGUGGAGAGGUUAUAUCUGAUCCCAAACUCAUACGGAUGAACUACCUGAAAACGUGGUUUGUGAUUGAUCUUCUGUCCUGUUUACCAUAUGACAUCAUCAAUGCCUUUGAGAAUGUGGAUGAGGGGAUCAGUAGCCUCUUCAGUUCCUUAAAAGUGGUGCGUCUUCUCCGACUUGGUCGAGUUGCCAGGAAGUUGGACCAUUAUCUGGAAUAUGGUGCUGCUGUACUGGUACUGUUGGUAUGUGUGUUUGGACUGGUGGCCCAUUGGCUAGCCUGCAUAUGGUACAGCAUCGGGGACUAUGAAGUUAUAGACGAAGUCACUAAUACAAUCAAAACAGAUAGCUGGCUCUACCAGUUGGCACUGAGUAUCGGGACACCAUAUCGAUACAACACCACUGGCUCAGGGCAGUGGGAAGGAGGACCCAGUAAAGACUCCUUGUACAUAUCCUCUCUCUACUUUACCAUGACAAGCCUUACAACGAUAGGAUUUGGAAACAUAGCACCAACCACUGAUGGAGAGAAGAUUUUUUCGGUGGCCAUGAUGAUGGUCGGCUCUCUUCUUUAUGCAACUAUUUUUGGAAAUGUCACAACCAUUUUCCAGCAGAUGUAUGCCAACACCAACCGAUACCAUGAGAUGCUGAACAACGUGAGAGAUUUCCUGAAAUUAUAUCAAGUCCCAAAAGGCCUUAGUGAAAGAGUCAUGGAUUAUAUUGUCUCAACCUGGUCCAUGUCUAAAGGAAUUGACACAGAGAAGGUUCUCUCAAUUUGCCCAAAGGACAUGAGAGCAGAUAUUUGUGUGCACCUAAACCGGAAAGUUUUUAAUGAGCACCCUGCCUUCCGGCUGGCCAGCGACGGCUGCCUGCGAGCCCUGGCUGUGGAAUUUCAGACGAUCCAUUGUGCCCCAGGGGACCUCAUCUAUCAUGCUGGAGAAAGCGUUGAUGCGCUUUGCUUUGUGGUCUCAGGAUCCCUAGAAGUCAUCCAGGACGACGAGGUGGUGGCUAUUUUAGGUAAAGGCGAUGUGUUUGGUGAUAUCUUCUGGAAGGAAACAAGCCUGGCCCAUGCGUGUGCCAAUGUGCGGGCUCUGACAUACUGCGAUUUACAUAUUAUUAAACGAGAAGCCUUGCUUAAAGUGUUGGACUUUUACACUGCUUUCGCAAACUCAUUCUCAAGGAAUCUCACACUCACCUGCAAUUUGAGAAAACGGAUCAUCUUCCGGAAAAUCAGCGAUGUCAAGAAGGAGGAAGAGGAGCGCCUGCGCCAGAAGAAUGAGGUGACGCUGAGCAUCCCUGUGGACCACCCCGUGAGGAAACUCUUCCAGAAAUUCAAACAGCAAAAGGAGAUGCGUAAUCAAGGCUCAACCCACAUCGACCCGGAAAGGAACCAGCUUCAGGUGGAAAGCCGGAGCGUGCAGAACGGGGCCUCCAUCACGGGCACCAGUGUGGUCACCGUGUCUCAGAUCACCCCCAUCCAGACGUCCCUGGCUUACGUGAAAACCAGUGAGGCUGUGAAGCAGAACAACAGGGAUGCGAUGGAGCUCAAGCCCAAUGGAAAUGGAGACCAAAAAUGUCUCAAAGUGAACAGCCCCAUGCGGAUGAAAAACGGGAAUGGGAAAGGAUGGCUUCGGCUGAAGAACACGAUGGGGACCCACGAGGAGAAGAAGGAAGACUGGAACAACGUCACAAAGGCUGAGUCGAUGGGGCUGCUCUCGGAGGACCCCAAGUGCAACGACUCGGAGAACGGUGUAAAUAAAAACCCACUGAGGAAAACAGACUCUUGUGACAGUGGAAUAACAAAAAGUGACCUUCGCUUGGAUAAAGCCGGUGAGACUCGCAGCCCCCUGGAGCACAGCCCCAUUCAGGCUGAUGCUAGGCAUCCUUUCUACCCUAUUCCUGAGCAGGCCUUACAAACCACGCUGCAGGAAGUCAAGCACGAACUCAAAGAAGAUAUCCAGCUGCUAAGCAGCAGGAUGGCUGCCCUUGAGAAACAGGUGGCAGAAAUUUUAAAAAUAUUGUCUGAAAAGAACGUACCCCAGGUCUCCUCCCCCAAGUCUCAUUUAUCACCCCAGCGGCCCCCCCAGAUACCCUGCCAGGAUAUUUUUAGCGUUUCAAGGCCUGCAUCACCUGAAUCAGAAAAAGAUGAAAUCCACUUUUAGCAUAUACCUAUGUGUAUAUAUGUAUACAGUAUAUAUGCAGAGGUGUAUAUAUACCUUUAUACAUAUAUAUGUGUGUGUAUAAGGUAAAUAUAUAUACAUAUAUAUUUUCACUUGCAUCCAAUAUGACUUGAACACACCAAGGAUUUUGAUAUGUAAAUAUUUGCAUGUCCAGCUGGAUUCUGGCCUGCCAAAGAAAACAAUUAUUAACAUAGAUAUUGCUUGUAUAAUAUGCAGUUGACUGCAUGCACACUUUACAUUUAUUUAUAAUCUCUAUUAUGUAAUAAAAGAAUGACUUUUGUUUAACAAAGGCAAUGUACUAUUUAAAGAAUCAGGGUCUAACCUGCCAAUAUUGCCAUGACAGUUUUGAUCUCAGGCUGGGUGAAUUGAGCUUUUAUUUCCUCACUGUCUUUUCUGCCGAGUUAGACAGUAGGUUAACACGACGUGGUCGACACGUUCAGACUCCAAGUAGUACUGUUUCCUCUUAUCAUUCCAUUACAAUAUACUGUAUAUUUGGUGAUAAAUUCCCCCGCUCCCCUUGAAGGGAGGGCUUAGCUCAGUCGCCAGGGAAGGGCACCGUGUCGGGUGCUGGGGUAGAUCACUGGAAUUGAUUCAUGUGGGUGUUGUGCAUGCACAGCCUUUUCUUUCGAGUAUCCUCCUGCUCUUUUAACAUCAUAAGACAUAGUAGCGGUGAUUUAUGUAACGAAUUGAAACAAACAGAACAUCUCAGCUGCACGCGCUGUGUAUUUGGGGGUAACGCCUUUCUUGAAAGCCUCCUUUUCACGGAUGAGAUUUCUACUGAACUGUUAGCGUGACAUUAUGCAGAAUCUCUUUGCAGCACUUAGCAACAGUGUCCGCUUCUGUCAGUAUCUUCAUUAGGAUGUCCCUUUUUUUGCAGAACUGAGGUUGCUCUCUGGCUGUCCCCCACAUUGCCCCUGGCAGAAAAACUUUGCACAAGAUCUGAGCAAUUGUGCUUCAGCUCCUCAGGAGCCAGGUGAGCAGAUUUGGAAGCCUGAAGUUAAAAGGCUGCAGUUAAUCCCCCUCCACUCUUUUCUGAGGCUGUUUAUCAGUCUAAAACUACCUUUGAGAAAGAGAAAAUUACCAGUCAGGAUGUGAAGUUGGUGAUGGUGAAUUUCCCUUUAGCCUGAGGCAUUGGACAGUGAUGUUUGGGUGGGAGAGUGUUUUGUAGAGAUGAAGCCCUUCCUCAGGCAUUGACUGCUGCUCUUGCCUUGCACAUGCUGAAGGUUUCAGUGGCUGGGGUGUUGUGAUCCGAGUCCCAGCUCUCUGUGCCCAUACAAUCAGUCAUUGGGCACAUUAGGUCUGUGUUGGAUGCCCUGGCCCUCCUCUUGGCUGGUUCCCAUCAGCAUCUCCUCCUCCUGAACCACUCUCCCACCUCCAGCAGCUAGGCUGGUGCGUUGCCCCUCAUGAUGGCUCUGCAGGGCUGCAGCAAGACAGGCUUUUGCAUGGGCCCCUGAUUCUUCUGCUCUUUGAAGCUGAGAUCUUGGAGUCUGCCUGGGUCUGCACUUGAGUGUGGUGGGUUUUUUGCUUCUCUGUUUGCAGCGAGUGAGAAUCCAGGCACAUGUUUCUCAUAGCAGAAAUGGCCAUUGUGGCUUCAGAGCCACUGCUGGUACAGCUGGGGUCUGGCACAGCUGCGUUCACUGGCUCCUUCAGAGAAGGAUAUCCCCACCACACAUCUAUGGCCUCUGGCAUCAAGGUCCUGUGUCUUCAAAAGUGCCUUGAGUGAAACAUAUUAUGUACAACAAGGCAUCGCUAUCAAUCAGGUAAACAAAAGGCAUGGUUAUAAUUAGUGGGCAUCCUUACCAGACACCAGUGCCAGACAUUUUACUUCAUAUUAGGAAGCUAAGCUAACUAAAUAAAUUCCUGAGAAACCAAAAAAUCAAAAUCAGAAUCAAAAUAAAACAACAUAACAAAAACAGCAACAUUUAUGGUAGUGGCAAUUAGUAACCUGCAUCUUAGGGUGAUCAUAUCUCCUGCUGUGAAAUCCAAUCCCAUAAACUCCAAAAAGAUCACAAGAAAGCCAAAGAAGUCAUUGCUUCUGUUGUGUCAGUUCAUGGAGGGAAGACAGUGAUCUUUCCAAUUUGCUGUUCCUUUCGGGCCCAUUUCUGCCUCUCUUCCAGUCCCUUUCUUCAGGAAAUUAUAGAUGAAAAACUAAGAGUAAAAAGUCACCGAAAGGGACAACUCUUCCCAAAGACAGGCGGUGAGGCUGCCUCCUCAUUAUAGCUUUCUGCAGCUGCAGUUGCUGCUGUCAAAUUAGGCAGCUGUGCUUUGCAGCUGCUCUUCUAACAGGAAUACAAAUCUGCAAGCGCGCAGCCCUGCUGUGGUCUGCAGGGACAAACUGCAGAACAGCAAAACCUUCGGGGUCCCGCUCUAAACCCUGCCCUGCGACUGUGAAAGGGUCAGGGGUUAUGGGGUUAAGGAGUCACAGGGUUGCUGCAGGCUGCUGGAGUAUGCACGGACCUUGUGGGUAACAACUUAAGUGCCAAGUUUUGAAGAUUUGACUGUUCUUGCCUGGCUGGGGUCGCUGGCUCAGACAGACACACAGCACCUUACCCCACUGCCCCACCAGUUGCUGAGCCCUGCAGGCUGUCUGGGCUGGGGCUCGGUGAAGUUCCAGGGUGCAGGACUGUGCCAUGAGGUGGUGCUGCAAAAGAGCCAGCAGGGUGGUGGGGUGACUGUUGGACAGCUUUAGCCUUAAUGGCAUUCCUCUGCCUUUCUGAGGGACUUUCUUUCUUUCUCUGUGGUUGAUGUUAAUUCUAGCUAGAACUGCAUGGCAUGCAAAGGGAUCUGUUUGGUUCACCUUGCCAGUCAAGUGUAACUUUGUGCCACCUUACAACAUGAGAACAUGUAACAGGAUUCAUUUGACCUUGAAAAUUUUUCAAGUCCAGAACGUUUAUUGAGGUUCAAGUGCAACUGUACUGGUUAAAAUGCGUACUGGCUAAAAGCUGUAAAUAAUGUAAAAUAGCAAGUUCAUGAAACAAAGACAGCGUUUCCAGGCUUGCUGGUCCUGGUGCUGCUUUGACGCUGGUGUUGUCCCUCGCAAGGUCAGUGGGACCAGCUGGGGCCUGGCACCAGGCAGCAGUAGGAUCAGUGCGAUGGUGUCUUGCAAACAAACGCGAUAAACUUGAGCUACAGAUGGACUCCCCUCACCUCUGUGUGCUGGGGGUGCAGCUGGAGGCCCAAUUUGCACGAUCAGCUCUGAUGGCUACUGCUCUGAAAAUUCGGCCUGUACAAUUGUGAAGUGCUUUGCCUCCAAAAUUUCAUUUCACUUUGUUUCAUGGAGUUGUUACCAGGGCACUUCCAGCUUUCCCCUGUCCUCGUGGCUGUGCAUGAUGCGAUCAAGCGUGCUGCCGGCUGGGGCAAUCCCUCUCUGUCCAAGAAGCAGGAGUCCUCGUGGUGCGGUUCAGGCUUGACUGAAAGCAACCACCCACAGCUGUAAGAGCAGUAUGGGAAGCAAUGCGCCUCUUCCAGCUGAGCCAGCACUGAAGCAGCUACGUGCCGCGUGGACGGAGCUCUCGGCUUCCUGCUUCCCUUUCCCUUAGGAGCUGCGUGCCAGGACAGAUGUUCCUGCCACACCUGGUAACGCGGUUGUAGCACUCACCUUGUGCGCUGUGUGUUCAAAGCAUUUUACUACUCACACACAAGUGGAUUUUAUCUUUCUGGACACGAUACAAAUAGAAAUAAAAUGUGUACAGAAAAGUAAACACUUUCUGGAGCAAGCGAACUAGAGUACCUUGAAUAGCAUUUUUGUGUAACGUUACCUGUGUGAGAUAGAACAGCACUUCAGGAUAAUAGCUGAAAAAAAUAACUACUGUAGUGAAGAUAUAGAAGGGAAAUAUCCCUCGGUUCUUCCGAUUUUGUAUUUGUAAGUCCUGUUUUCCCUCUUUCUGUCUUUGCCACAGGACAGGGGUUAGAGCAGAGCUGACUUUGGAAGUGACAAACUUAAGCUUUGCCAACUUUUCUUUUCCCUGUUCUGCAGAAGUAGCACAACUGUAGGGACUUGAUGCUGCUGGCACUGAAGUUUGGGCUCAUUGCUAGCUCCAAAUUCAGUCUUCAUUUUACCACCAUGCGGAAAGCAACCCUGUUGUUACACAGGUGUGAACUGAAGCUUGAAUCUGAUGAACAUAUUGGACCUUAAAGUGUAUUUUGGAUUCCAGGACAAUUUUAGAGAACUGGCAGCUGCAGAAAUAAUGUUGCACUAUUUGCAAGCCACGGGCAGUCACUCUGGAAGUAACUGAGACCGCUAAGCAGACAUCAUCAUUUGCACAGGUCAGAAAACAGAUAUUGUGAUCACGAAAUAGCUUGGAGGCUUUUUGGGGGAAAAGACAUCCUGAACUGAAGGAAAAAAAAAAAAAAAAAGCCAAUGUUUUCAUAUGCAAUUUAUGAGUGAGGAGGAGGACGUGGAAUAUAUCAUGGUGACUUGACACUUUUUUACUUGGAUUUCGAGCAUUUAGAAAACCCAAACCUAUCUUUUCGGAUGUCAGAACUGGACAGAUGAUUCUUAAAAUAAAUAAUUUUUUUGUAAGUGAGGUGGCAUCAAAGUGAUACCCGUUUAAAAACAAAAAUGCAUUAAAAUGCCAUUUUGCUACAGAAGAGAGUUUUAACAGGUUUUGUUAUCAUUGUUUUUAACAGGCUGUAUCUAAAGGCUUUAUUCAAUUCUUCAAUUCUUUUUUUCUUUUAUUUAUUUUUUUUCAAAAGCUUCUCUGUGAACACAUAUCUUCAGGUGUAUAGGAUCUAUAGUGCUUUAUAGUCUUGCUGCUGACAUACUUGUCAGAGAAGUGGGGUUCCUUCGUAGAAAAGCAUCUCUUCGUGGUGGCCUGUGCUCCGUGACUCUCCAAUUCUGAGCUGCAACCAGAGCUGUGGCAUCAAACAGCAGUAGUUUACAUUAGUUCACAUUUUUCUUGGCACUUCUGUAUCUGCACUGAUUUCCUUCAGGAAAUUUAAGGACGGAAAUAGAAAAGUUGACGCUGUCGGUUUUCCCAGAUGACCCCAGUCCUUCACCUGUGUCUGCUGCCAGAGCAGCACAUUCGUGUGCAGCCCACAGGGAAGGAAGGUUUGAUCAGGCUGGAUUUCCACAUCUGAGAGCAGUCUUUCUAAUUUCCCCCUCCAUUUUUUCAAGCAGCUAACAGUAUCUCUAAAUGUUUUCAUUGUUUUUAAUAUGCUAUAGUGUAUUUCAAAAUGAAGUAAAUUCUUAAAGCAAAUUGCUGGAUGGAGACAAGAAGUCCACAUUACUUUUGGCAGGAAAGCAAGGCAUUUUUUUUUACUGACAUCAAGAAUAUUGUACAAAGAUCAGCUUUGUGAUACUUAACGAAUGACAAAAUAAAAUCAUCCUUACUGAGGGUGCAUUUAGUCGUACAGAAAAUUGACCUUGUGUUUCACUGUGGGACAAGAAGGCAGAUAUUGAUUUUGAACACUCAAAUGAUGCAACCAUUCAGAAAGGGCUUGUCCAGGCCAUAAUAAAUACAUUAAAUUAAUUUGUUAUGUUAUGUUAAUCAGCCUUUUGUUGCAAGGCAGGUGGAGCCAGGUAUCUGGGGCAAUAUUCUCACAAACUUUUCUAUCUAUAGUUUCUAAAGAUAAGUAUAUUUCAUGAUUUUCUGCUUGGACAUGUAAGCAUGCUUGGCCCACAGUCUGAGACUAUUGGUGUACACCAGUUCUGUAUCUGGCCGUCCUCCAUGAGUAUGUCAAUUAGCCGUGAUUAAAAGCCCUGUAAAAAGGGCUUUGUAUUAGGUUGGGCUCAGCCACCCCUGUGACAUGACAGUAUGUUAUCAGGCCCAGAGUAGAUUCAAUUCAGACCAAGCAGUGGCAGUCUAUAUGUUUCUGCCUGCCUGCAAAGGAUGUGUACACACGUCUGGCGUGUAUAUACCUGCUUGUUUGGAACAGGGACUCAGAGCUGGCCCGUUGAAGACAGGUGUUUCAGGCAGAUGGGAUAAAUCGCGCUCAGGACGUGUCAGUCUCUCAUCAUUUACUGUAGACUAAUGACUUUAGAUUAGACACUUGAUUUGUAGACUGCUGGAGGGUAAGUGAAGUGAAUCCAACUCGUAACUCAAGGCUGAUCCUGCUUGUAAAACAAGGUGCCCCGAAAAAGGACUGCUUACCAUCUUUCCAGCACAAGAGUACUUUCUGCAGAUGUGACCAGCCCAGGGAAGAUUGAAAUUUCUCAGCAUGCAGCCCAAAACAAAGUAUGCAACUCCUAAACUGCUUAAGACAGCUCCCUAAGGACACUCAGAUGCUCAGUUCUUGGCCUGUGAUGGCCAUUUUUUUUAACUUCUUACCCCAAUAUUGUGGCAAAUUAGUCCAGGGUGCCCCGCUUUCACAGGUAUAUGGCAAUCAUGAUGCUCUUACACAAUGGCAAGGCAUGGACAGGAAUCACCCGUCACCUUCUGGACAGUGAAAGGCUGCCACCUAUUUGGGAUUUUUGGCUGCUAUGGGACACCAAGGAUGCCAGGAGUCAUAGCUGAGCUGUGUUAUGCUGUGGAAAGAGGCCAAGGCUUGGCAAUGUUCAACAAAGGGAAAAAUGUGGUGGAGAUCUUCCAAAGUUUUAGCAGAGAGCUUCCAAGGUAGAGAAUGGCCAGCCAUCAGAUGAUUGCCCAGACUGCAGCAGAGCCCUGGCUCUGAGAUGGGCAGCGAGAGAGGAGAAGAAAGGACAUAAAGAACGAGGGUCCCAAACUGGUAGCAAUAUUCCACUGAAGUCCGUAUUUACUCGUCUCUGUAUAGUGGCUGUUUGUGCUUCGUAAUUUGUUUAUAUGUGGAUAUAGAGAGAGAUGACAGUAGGGAAAAGUAAAGGCUUCAGGGGAGGCUUGCCAGAGACCUGUUGGAAGGGGGGGCAUACGUUAUCUGGACUGUGCAGCAUCACAGUGAAUGGACCUGUCCUUGGCAUUGGCCUUGCUUUGAGUGGGGGAUUGGACCAAAGGAUUGCCAACAGGUCCCUUCUGAGCUGUGGUGUUGCAUCAUUUGGUGCUUCUGGAGGUUUUCCCCUCACAAAUAGAGAGGAGGUGAAGGUUGAAGGUUCUUAGCUAUGUCUCAUUGUUUUCUGGUUUUCGAUUUAAAUAGCAUACUGAGGAAUGUGUUAACCAUUUUCAGGAUAAAGAAUGUUUCUAAGAGCUGAUACUUAUCAAACAGACACCGGAGAAAUUUGGCAUAGUCUAAAACUACGGCAAAUAAAUGAAUUAAAGCCCUUCGCUGGUAUCAGCUACAUCCACACUCGGUGCCAAAGGCUGAGAAAAAUGGCUCGGUGACUGUGCGGUUUCUGGAAGCGGUGGGCUAACACAGAUACAUCAGCAACACCCACUCCCUCUUCCAGCCUCUUCCCCAGCCCAGAGAAAGGUGAUUACAGUGUCUCAGAAUGCCAUAAAAAUCAAUAGCAUUUGAGCUGUUUUUCAGUGUUGCACUGGCAGAGAUGCACAUCCAAGGUUAGUGCGAACAUGUGAAGGGCAGUGGCAAGUGGGUUUCUCCUAAGCAGCUGGAUCUGGGGGGUUAUUCUUACCCCUCUGGGUUCAGUCUGCUCCUCUCACUGCUGGUGUGUGGACACCAUUGCUCAAACAGGCUGGGUUUGUCCAUAGGGUCUGGGUACGUCUUUGGGCCCAUGCACAUCCCUGGAGGCUGCUCUGGCCCCACUCCCAGACUCCCCCUGUUUUCCUAGGGUAAUAUUACAGCCACAUUCCAAGGUUUACUCCUGGUUCUCUUAGAUUUAGCUGGAAAACUUUUUUUUUUUUUUUUUUUUUUUUCUAGACUCUAACCUCCUGCAUGUCCAUGAUGGCUCACAGGGUUACUCAAAAAAUCCUUUCCAAAUGGUGGCUUAGCAGCAAGUCCCCAGAUAAAUCAGGAACACCAGGGCAAACCUGCCAGUCUCAGUGCAUUAUUUUAUUAAAGAAACUUUUUUUUUUUUUUUAAUGUCUAUAUCUUUGGCUCUUCUGUACGAUCUUUAACAUUGUAGUGUCCCAUAAGGAUAGCAAGGACUAGAGCAGUUGUGUUUUUUUAUUUAGUCCUUUUAAUGGUAAGGGGAACUCAAAUGAGACAUUACCUGCACAGUCCAUCCAGCACCUGCCAUGUGUGACCGUUUUCUGUUUUCCUCCUCCAACUACACCUAAGGUGAAGUUCAGCACGAGCGGCACUUUGAACUGAUGCCUCGUAGCACUAGGAAGAGUCCUCUUCAUUUCCCCCAGCAGACCCAAGGUCUCUGCUCAACAGUUCCCUGUGUGUUACACCAGGACACUCAGGCGCUUUGCUGUCCUGGGCUCGGUUUCAGAAGAAUUUCCCACGUUGUUGCACCUCAUCUCUCUGCCAUCACUUGGUUUUCUUAGAGAAAAAAAAUAAAAUAAAAAAAAUGUGCUGGCGUCCAGCUCCUCCAGCUGGUGGGGGAGGAGAAGCAGUGGUGCCAUAGCCAGCGCUUUUAGGAUGAUGUCUGGGAAUCCAGCAGCACUCGAGGCUGCUGUCAGGACCAUUACUCCAGGUCACAGUUCAGUUAGUAAAUUGGGUGUAUUACCCAAGCUCUCAUGGAAAGUGUGUUUGUUUUUGUUUUUGUUUUCUAAAGCAAAACAUAAUUUGUGCUCUGCUUUUAAUUAGUCCUCUGGUGUCCCUGCUGGAUUAAUUACUGCCGCCUUCACUUGCAUCAUCAGAUGUUGUUUGGACACAGCUUCUUUUUGCUUUUUUUCUCUCACACUUUUUUUUUUUUUUCAUUUUUUUCUUUUUUCUUUUGGUAUAAUUAGGAGUCCUGGCAUUAAAACAAGCUCAGUUUGGUGGUACUUAAAAAUUACAGAGCUGAAACCUCACCUAAACGGGUAGCUUAAACCUGUCCUUUGAAUACCAAAAACGCCACCGCAUGUUCAAAUCUCAUGGCUUUGGGAUCACCGGCACACCAGUGUUUGAAAUGCCGUAAAUGUGUGAAUGUCCUCCUGAAACCAAGAACAAAAGUGUAUUUUUUGUUCUUCCGUGAUGUGGCUCUUAGGAAGGGACUGUGGGUGCAAGGGUGCGAUGGCUCCUUCCAGCUCUUGCUACUGCCGGUGGAUGCUCUGUAGGUCCCCAGCCUUGUUUUUUGACUUAAGGGCCAAGUGCCACUGACUGCAUAAUUCUGUCAAGUGGUAAAUUCAAUUUAUCGAGUGGGAGAGGCAGCAGCUCGCAAUAAGGCAGGAUUUGGGCUUUAAAAGUCUGCCUUGUGGGAACUGGGCAAGCUACCAGAAAGACAAUAAAGGAUUUAUCUGGCAACGCAUACCAAAGGAACACUAAACAUGCGAGCGGGAGAAUUUAUUGAUACCAGUGAAAAAGCUCAUUAGCGUUAAAGUGCAGAGCAACUCUGUAAAUGUACCUUUCAACUGCCCCAAUAAAAUCCCCGUACUCAGACGAGGGGAACUGAGGCUUUGUUGCUGUGCGGUGCAGAAUCGGCUAAUCAGCGUGCCCAGAAAAUUUCGCACACAGAACGACUCCCCAAAUGGAGUAGUUAGCCCUGUUUUACCAGCGUAGACAAAUUCCACAAAUAGCCUCAACCUACUUCCCCGGCCGCUAGUCUGACGGUGAUUCAGAGCUGUUCCUGCAGAUGGUACCGUGGUGUUUCUCGUAGGCAGGUUUGUUCCCUUCCUUGCUUGUCACUGGUGGUCGGUUAUUUGCUCUUCAGGAAAUCUGGGGCCCUGUAAGGGAGGUGGGACCCAACAGGAAACCUGCAGCUCACAGGGGUGCAGUGGAGAUGAGGAUUCACCACAUUUUAAAGUAAAACAUCCUGGUAGUAAAAAUAUUGCUCGUGCUCUCCUUUUUUCUCUUUCUUUCUUUGUUUUCCCUCCUCCCUACCUUGACCCUUUUCUUUUCUUCUUGCCUUGAUUAUAGGGCUAUCUGUCGACUUGUAGCUACAGGAAGAUUGAAUAAGUUAUGCUGCCCCAGCAGAUCUAAUGAGAUAAUUAUCUGUUUUGCUAUUUGUGUUCAGAAGAAAUAAUGUGCUAAUAGGAGCUGCAGAAGAAAUAAUGUGCUAAUAGGAGCUGCAGUCAGGGCUGAUUUGUUAAUGCCCUGCUUAAAUACCAGCCGGUGGCCCAGUGGUUCAGCCAAGUGGCCUCAGCAGCUGUUCUAAAUGGUGCUCUUCAUUUGGGAGGUAAAUAUUUUGAGGCUUCAAGCAUCCCGUGUAAGAAUUCCUGUUAAGGUCAGGAAAUCUUUCUGUUAAUUUCUCUAAGCCAGGUCUGAAGCACCAAGGCAGGGAGUUGUGGUGUGGGCUGAGCUUUCUGAAAACUGAGAACUGCUGGUACCGGAAUUUUAAUUUCAGGCCAUUGCUUAAUGCAAAUGGGUCCAAGUUUCCCUGCCCUACAAAAUGCUGCAUGCCAAACGCAGGCAGAAAUGGAGAGGAUGUGUUUGAAGCUUGGGACAGCUAGGUAAAUUGCCAUAAAAUCAGCUGAACCGAUCUGGGAAAGGGCACUUUUUAAUUAAUACAUAUUUGAAUCCAAAUUCUCGGUGUCUGAACUGUCAGUAAUCUCCAUCCAAAUUAACUGCUCAAAAUUCAUGACUGUCUAAAAUAGACUUACACAUGCCAGGUAGAUCAGCUGUGCAAACUCUCUCUGGGGAGAAGCCCAGAUAAAAAUAAAGUUAUUAUUUCCGCCACGGAGAGGGCCGAUGACAAAGGCAGGAGGUUGUGCACCAGGUGCUGGGAGGCUUUGAAUCCUGCCCAGCCUCCUCCGUAUCCAGCGCUGUUGGCUCAAAGUGGUCCAAAGGUCUGAGCUUUUGGGUCCUGGUGCGUUUCCUCGUGUCCAGCCACACCUGGAGUGGAGCAGAGCAUCAUGUAGGGAAGGGGUAGGACCUCAUGCAGUGUGGCCCCCUCCCCAAACCGGGCCCUGAAAGGUGAAUUCCCAGCUCUGUGAGAUGCCACGGGAGUUUUGGCACACAUUUUAGGAUUCCUCCCCUGCCUCCUCCAUCCCUUUGAAAUGCUUAUCAGUUCCCACUCAUGUUUAGGGACCUAGUCAUCCCAGGCUCUUAAAGGAAGAAAGAGAUGGAGAAUAGGUACUGGGAGGAGAGGGGGACGAGGAGUGGGCACGUUCCUUUGUCUCUGUGCUCCCUCAGCCCCCUGGUAGUGUCUGGUGACAGCAUCCACAUAAGGCUGGCUCAGGCUGUUCACCCCUUUGGUGGCAGGUGGAGACUUUUUAACCACUGGCAUCUCAGAGGACCCCAGUGCCAUCAAGACGCUGUACUCUCUUCCUAGCUUCUUUUCCCCUAGGCUCCCCCCCCUCCCCCUGGAUGACAGCUGAGAACUAAACUGAGCCAGGAGCUGCUACACCACUCACGUGCAUGGGGAAAAGGCAGAACCCCAAAACCAGCCCAGCCCAGCCUUGCCAGGCACCCCAUGGUCCGUGCUGAGCGCCCAUCCCAGCCAUAACCUGCCUUCCCCAUCUCCUUCUGUGCUGAAAUGCAGCCACGUGGCCAAGAUGUGGGAUUUUUCGUGUCCCUGGGAGCUGUGCAUUGCCAGCCCAGGGCUCACUGACUCGCUCAGCACCCUUGGGCACCCAGCAGGGCCAUCCCGCAACGCUAAUCCCUGGGGUUUGUGUGAACGGCUCCAUUCAAAUUAGCAGGACUUUCUUCUGAGUGAGGAUUAGUCAGAGGGGCACCAUGGGCUUUAAAACCUUUCACAGAGUAACUGCAGCUUUUGAAUGUAUGUGAUUCACAGACACUGGACUGAAGGGAGAAAUAUUUUGGGAAAACUCUUUUUUUUAUUUUAUUUUUUUUUCAAGGGAGAAAUUGGGGGAAAAGGUUAUGCUCGAAUAAUUAUUAUUAUUUUUUGUUACUACUUGCUGCUCUUUGUACACUAGCCAAUGCAAACAGCACUCAUGUUACUGACGAGACUUUUGAAGAGCCCAGCUCUCUUUUUUGCUGUUGUUAAUAUACUGAGGAUUUGGGGGGAUUUUAAAUGCCUCUGCCUUUCAGGAUUAUUUCUACAAAAGCAAUUAAGAACUGUAUUUUGACAGCAGAAAGCUUGUAAAAACUAGAGGAAAAAUAACAAUAAUAAAGCAUCUGAGACCGAACAGCUAGAACAGGAAUGCACCUCUGCUACCAUAUCUGAAAUCCGCGAAGCGAUCACGAGCAGCAUGAAGGAAGGCCCAUCUCCCUCCCUGCAGGACACCUCACAUCAGCCCACACGGAGCGGAUGCUGCCUGACCGAGGAGGAAGGUGUGGGACGUGGCUGCCCCGUCACUGCCACGGGCAGUCGGCCGAACCGGGUGAAGCCACAGCAAGUUUCUCCUUGCACUUUUCUGUUUUGCUGAAUUUCAACGACAAGGAAAAACGUGGGUCACUUUAAAAGCAUUGGCAGACAACUGUUUCUAACCCAAAGGAUUAUGGGUUUUAGCACAAUGAACUGUACUUCUUCAGGGAGGAUCAACUUUGAUUUUUUUUUUCCACACGUCUUUAUUUACAUGUGGCUAUAUUUUCAUUGAUACAGAAUAAAAAGUGCAUUUUAUUGA